ACAAAAGAAUUCAAAGAUUGCAAAAUUAUCGAAUGUACUGAAGAAUAUACUUCAAAGAUAUGUGAAAAAUGUGAAUUUAUAAAGAGUAAUCUUGGAGAAUCAAAGGUUUUUAGAUGUGAUCAGUGUGAUAUGUGGAGAUGGAUCAAG